AUGCCCCUUAUUGAUCCACGCUCUGGACCGUCUUACGGCACCAUGGAACGAGAAGACGCCCAUAUGGAUAAUGAGAGGGAGCAACUGUUGCAGGAUGACUACGAGCCUGAGGGCCAGCCAAGCGGGCUGUCUACGCCUGAUGAGAUGCUGGAAGGCGUUCAAAAGAUUGAAGCUAUCAAUAUGACUUGGACAACAAAGUCUUUGAUGGUGGCCUACGUCAGCAUAUUCCUCAUGGCCUUCUGCACAUCAUUGGAAGGUCAAACCGUGAUGUCGCUCUCCGCAUAUGCAACCAGUGCAUUCAGUAAACACUCGUUGAUCUCGACCGUCCUCGUUAUUCAAAACGUUGUCAACGCUGUCAUUAAACCGCCUAUGGCCAAGAUCGCCGAUGUCUUCGGUCGCUUUGAGGCCUUUUGUCUGAGCAUCCUUAUAUACAUGCUGGGAUAUAUUCAGAUGGCCGCAUCCACUAACGUUCAGACGUAUGCCUCUGCACAAAUAUUUUACUCCGCCGGCUCGACCGGCUUGCAGAUUCUCCAACAAGUCUUCAUCGCCGACAGCAGUGACUUGUUGAACCGUGCCUUUCUCGCACUCCUUCCUGAAUUCCCAUUCUUGGUGACAGUCUGGCUCGGACCGACCAUCGCGGGUGCAGUUCUAAGCACCACCUCAUGGCGGUGGGGCUAUGGCAUGUGGGCUAUUAUAUUGCCUGCAUCUUUCCUACCACUCGCUCUAACAUUGUUGUUUAAUCAACGCAAGGCCCAAAGACUGAAUCUGAUCAAGAAACGGACCAAAAGGCACACGUCCUUUACCAGCGUCUUGCGUCGGACUUGGUAUGAUUUAGACGUUGGCGGUCUGGCUCUGCUCUCUGCCGCCGUCACCUUGAUCCUGGUGCCUUUGACUCUUGCCGCCACUGCAAAGAACGGCUGGAAGAGUGUGAGUAUUCUUGUCAUGAUUGUGCUUGGCGUUGUCUGCCUAUGCAUACUACCGUUCUGGGAGUCUUCCAAGAAAUUGGCUCCCAAGCCCCUCCUCUCCCUCCACCUCCUCAAACAGAAAACCGCCCUUGCGGGCUGCGCAUUGGCGUUCUGGUAUUUCAUGGCUUUCUACUUUUCCGUUCAGCCUUAUCUCUACUCUUACCUUCAAGUUGUACAGGGGUACGACGUUGCCACAGCCGGGCGCGUCACUCAAACCUUUGCUUUUACAUCCACAAUUGCCGCGUUCAGCGUCUCUCUUCUCAUUAAAUAUACCCGACGAUACCGCAUCUACGUGACCAUCGGAUGUGCCGUCUACAUGACCGGCCUAGCCUUGAUGCUCACUUGCCGUGGCGAAGGAGCCUCACAGCUCCAAAUAUUGGGUACCCAAAUCAUUGUCGGUAUUGGCGGUGGCUUGGUCAAUGUGCCCGUCCAGCUGGGCGUUCAAGCGUCGGCCAGCCAUCAGGAAGUAGCCGCAGCCACUGCGAUGUUCCUCACCUCUAUGGAGAUGGGCGGUGCAGUCGGCGCUGCUAUCUCAGGGGCGGUUUGGUCCUCUGCCAUCCCACAUAAGCUUCUCAAAUACCUCCCGGAGGAGACCAAAGGCCAAGCUGGUGAUAUUUUUGGCAAGCUCACCACUGCGCUAUCAUAUCCAAUGGGAUCUCCUACUCGCAUUGCCAUCAACCGCGCCUACCAGGAGACUAUGAAUCGACUUCUGAUACUGGCGGUUAUUGCCACCCUUCCUCUUAUUCCUCUAAGUCUUAUGAUGGUGAACUACAAACUUGACAAGAUGGGCUACGGAAAUUCCGAACCCCUUGGCGACCCGGCUCCAAUUGAGGCAGAACAAGCCCCAGAGGAUAGGCAGCAAUCCAAGUGA